AUGAAUGCGGCCACCGGCACAUGGCAGCUACGGCGAGUGAUCAUCCGCUACUCUGAGACUGGUGGGAGCAGCCUGGGUACUCGCUUCUAUUUGCGCCAUUUGCUACCCGUUUGGAAGGAGCGAAAUCCUCAGGUCGUGGUGAUCACUGAGCACUCCCUGCUGGAUCACCCUGAGCUACAGGCUGAAUGGGCCAGCGGCGAACGGUUCGAAAUCUCUCUUCGCCGGAUGCGACCUUGGCAAAUUGAGGAACUGCUGAACCUACAGCGGAACUCGGAGUCCCCCAACCUGUACCUGCGCCAUGGUGGCCCCCGGGUUUGGACGGGCUGGACUCCUGAGAGUCCUAAACACCAAGACUUUGAACAAUCCGGCAAUGGAACAAGGACGGUGCAACUGGAACGUUGGAUGUUCGUUGGAAACUCCUUUGAUCUCUGCAAAGAUCAGAGACAAACCCGUCAUUUGAGACGGCGUGGUCAGUCCUCAGACGAUGCCUCGACAUGGUCUGUGCGUGACCUCAAGCAGUUCUUGGACGAAUGUGGUCUUCGCCACUCUGAUUGUUUUGAGAAGAAGGAGCUCGUGGACCGUGUUCAGGCUGCCUUGGCCAAGAGCAAGAAUCGCGAGAGGAAGGCUCGUGGGACAUCGGAUGAGGAGCUCAGCGCUAUGUCGGCCAGGGAGUUAAAGGCCAAGAUUGUUGAAGCGGGAGGCAGUGUGGCUGGAUGCGUCUUCAAAGAAGACUAUUUGGACCGCGCGCGGCAGAUGUUUCUUACGGGGGGCUCAACAAGGGCAUUGAAAUUUGGGCGUGAGACCUCCUGGACCGGACGGAAACAUGAAGCUCUAAAGUAUUCCUCGCAAACCAUCAAGCUUUGCAAGCAGCAUGUGCUUGAGAAGCAUGGACGUUGGGGUGAUCAAUCGCAACCAAAGGGCUUUGACCGGCAUAUCUUGGAGGAUGUGCUGAAUCAGCCCUUCCUACCAGAUCCACUUGCACAGCGGCGGGUUCUGUGUGACAUGUCGGCUGCGGCGAAAGAAAUCGCUCAUGUCUUCAAAUGGCACCGUGCUUUUGCCAAGCUGAAGGUUCCCACGAAGGAGGUGGAACCUUUGUCGCGCUACACCAACUUCACUUUGAACCACGUGUGGGAGAAGUUUGAUUGCCAGACCGCCUUGCUCACCAAAGAGGCAUUGCUUCCAUUGGCAAAGCGCAAUCCGGAGCUCUUUGAUGCUGACCUUGACAACAUGAACACGGUGACCCGUUUGCUGACAGUGUUUGUAGAGGCGCUGCCUGCAUUGGCGGGACAGGGCAAGGGAGCGGCGCUCACCAAGUUGGGCAGGGCCACUCAAAGUGCCCUCGAGCUUCUCAGUGAAGAGGAGAACGAGUUCCAUCAAAGAAGGCUAGACUUCGACAACUGGUGCAACCGAGAACUCGAGAACCAGGAGAAGCAGCGGAAGGAGCUUGCGGAGCUCCAGGCUGAGGACCUGAUGGAAGAAAGCGAGCAGUUUGAGGUCUCCGAGACACUGCUGGACGUGGCCCGGCAGCUGCAGCCGAACUCGGCCAACGCGCCGCCCUAUCGGCAAAGGGCCAACGUGACGCUGACGGCGCUGCAGGCGGUGGAGAGCGAUUUAGCAGCUCGUGCACCACGCUUCUUCUUUGGCGGGACACGUGGGCUACAGGCGGUGCAGAAGCUUUUGAAAGAAACCAGGGACAAAGUGCAUGGGUUCUCUUUGGCCCAAACAGAGCGAGCGUCGCUGGAAGCCCGACUGGAGGUCCUGAAGGCAGAGGAGAAGAAAAGCAGUGAAGUCUUAGCUGCUCGCAGAGCCCAGGGCUUGGCAGCGCACAGUGGCCGUAAGGUCUUAGAGACCGCCCUGGCGCAGACCGAGGCAUCCCUUUCGGAGGCUGCAGGACUCUGUGCCCAGCCAUUGGUAGAGACCCGGAUCGACCCUGAUCCCUGGGAUGGGGAUGGCAUGGGUGGCUUGGGCCGCACGGUGCUGAAUCGAAGUGAGGCAACUGGGCAGAUGUUGUCCAGGAAAGCUUUGGAACUGAUUGGCAUGGUGGAAGGGUCCCCAGCAGCUGGUGUUGCUUCAGCUGCUUCCCUUCCCCCGGUGAAACAAUCUUCAGCAGCUCCCGGUGCAAGUGAUCUUCUGGCAGUUUCCCAGCAGCUUCAGCUGCAACAGCAGCAAGUCCAGCAGCAGCUGGAAGAAUUGAGGCAGAUGAAGGCAGCUGCCCUGUCCUUGCAGAAGGCACCAGCAGAACGAAGCCAAGUGGAAGAGCAUGAGGACUUAGAUCACGUAGAUCCACCCAGUGAUCCACCAACCAGGCCACUCAUAAGGAAGAAGUCCAAGGCGUCGAUGUCCUUGGCUGCAGAAACAGCUGAAGCCUCCAAGAGUGAAGCAAAUCAUGGGAACAUCGAAGCUGUGAAGAUUCAAGAGGCCACAACCCCAGCCCCAAAGGCUGUUCCAGCUGCCAAAGCGUAUGCCAAGUCGAAAGAAGUUGAUGAAGAUAGCAAUCACUUGCAGGCACCUAAGGACUUUCCUGCCGCCCUGCGGGGUGGUUGGCAAGCCCUUUUGGCUAAGAAGCGCGCUGAAGGCUUCAAGAAGUCAUCAGCAAAGGUGGAAGAGCACUCAUCCAUCAUGGAUUUGAUGCAGACGCCCAAGACCUACACGGCCUGGCAACCUGACAAGGGUCCAUCGCAACCUGCAGAGAAGGCAAAGGAGGACCUGUUAGCUGCUGAGAAAGCUUUCGACGACGAUGACGAAUCUGAGAAAAACAUGUUCAGCAAGAAGAAAUCCAAGCAGUCCUUCUUGCAGCUUGACGCAGAUCUUGGUGGAGCAGAUCCUUUGUCGCCUUCCUUUUUCCAGAUCGGAUCGUCCCAGGACCUCAGUAGCACAUUUGCAGCUGCACAUUCGGAGGUGGCCAUGCUGCUGGAGAAGUUUGCAGAUCUCACCAACAGCAGUACGCUGCUGGAGCUUUCAAAAUCGCAGCUUCAGACCAAGGACUUUGAGAUGCUGCUGGAAAAGCUGGCUGCAGAAUCAGAUGACGAUCGAUCCCAGCAGUUUUGCGCAUCUGUGCUUAAGAAAGAGGCCAGCAUUGAAGCCAAGCUGAAAGCAGAGCUCAAGGAGUACUAUCAGCAAACUAAGGCGCGUCAUGAAGCACAAGCACUCCGACGUGAGGUCGUGGCAAGGGAACAUUUGGUGUCUGCAACCUGGCUAAAGACUGGAAGAUACUGGAAGCUUGGGCCCAGAUUGAGUCGUGACACUCCCCUUUUAGACCCUUUCUGCAUGUUACAAGACUUGCACUGGCCUGGCUUGCGGGUGGCGGAUAAAAUGCUGAACAAAUGCAUGUUUCAGUGUUUGCCAUUCGGAAUUGAAAUUUCCAGGGUCUUCAAGGAAACUAUAUAA